CAGUCAGAGGUGCGCAGGACCAAAGUCUCGGUGCUCGACAUGGAGAUGCCAGCAAGACUCGUGUUCCCCAUCGUGGUGAUCUCCGUGCUAGUGGCUUGCAGUCCGACAGAGGCAUGGUACAAGCAGAUGGCCGGUCCCAGCUACUACUCGGUGGGCAGGGCGUCCGGCUUGCUGUCCGGUAUCCGGAGGUCACCGUACGUCAGGAGAGCCGAGCCGGAGCCGUCAGACGGCGAACAGUUGGCGACCAACAGCGUGUUUCCUGAAUUCACUCCGCAAACUUUCAUCCUGAAGACGAUGCCAAUUUGCAUCAAAGAUAUCACACCAGACCUGCAGAGCUGUGAACUCUUCCAGGAAAUCAAGGGUUCAUUUAAGUGCAAAGCGGACAUCUUCCUCACUCUGGACUCUGCAGACUGUACAGCAGACUGAGUAGUAAAGCCGACAGCUCGGCUGGAUGAUGAAGCCUCCUUCUUG